AUGUACUGCUUGGACUGUAACAACAGCAAUCCUCUUUGUGCUCUCUGCCUUAUUGAUCAUUCCACUCAUCAUGUCCUUCAGAUAAGGAGAUCAUCCUACCAUGAUGUCAUAAGAGUUCCAGAGAUCCAAAAGGUGCUGGAUGUGAGCGGAAUCCAGACCUACAUCAUCAACAGCGCCAAGGUCGUCUUCUUGAAUGAGCGUCCCCAGAUACGUGCUAGCAGAAAUAUCAGCAUCACUUGCCUCGUCUGUGAUCGCAGCCUCCUCGACAAUUUCCUCUACUGUUCCAUCUCCUGCAAGUUUAAGGCGGAAUCGAAGCAAUUGAAGAACAAGGUUGGAAAAAGUAAUGUGGCCGUUGCACCACGGUCACCACGCAUUCGCCGGCCAUCUGCUUCCAAUAAUCCACAGGAGAAGAAGAAUGUUAAGAGCAAUGCUGCGGAAGUAGGACCGUCUUCGGCUCGUCCUCCCUCCCGUCGUCGCAAGGGCAUUCCUCACCGUGCCCCUUUCGGUGCGAUGAUUAUUGAUUAUUCACCAUUGUACUAUACAUACAUUCAUGUUAAAGUUUAG